GUGGCGUCGGAAGUCUUCCGCGGUCGUACACAACACCUUUCUGUUUCCUCGUUCUUCGCGCAGUUUGUUCCUUCAGUGGCUGCUGAGUUCAAUUCAAUGAAAUGGCAUUGACUGUGGAUGGAAACAAGCUUCUCCUGCGGAGGAAGCGACAGGACGGGGAGGAGAAUGACGAAAAUGACGAUAAUGUCGGCGGAAAGAGGGAGAGAAGUGAAGCGGGCCGGCUGGAGUCUUGCUUGGAUCAGCCAGUGGAUUCAGACGUCCACGAAAUCAUAAAGUAUACGCCCUCGCCGCUACCAGCCAAACAUUACGACCCCGACACCACCGAACCAAUCAGCGGUGGUCUUGAAACAUUGGAGGAGCUGUUGUUGUGGAAACGAAGCGAAGCAAACCCUUUUAACGUGGCGGCAGUCCCUCUGGCGCCUCGGGAUCCUCCACUGGCCAGCUCCCUGCGUCGGACCUUGGUGUCUCAUGACAUGAUGGGCGGCUACCUAGAUGACAAGUUUGUCCAGGGGACGACUGCAGAGGCUCCGUAUGCUUUCUACCACUGGCAGCACAUCGAUAUUUUCAACUACUUCACGCACAGAAUGGUGACUGUGCCUCCCGCUGUGUGGACCAAUGCUGCACAUAAACAUGGAGUCGUUGUUCUCGGGACCUUCAUCACAGAGUGGACCGAUGGAGCCAAGAUCUGCGAGGACUUCUUGAAAGACGAGGAGUCGUACCGGAAAGUGGCUGAUAAACUAGUCCAGAUCAGCCACUGCUAUGGCUUCGAUGGCUGGCUCAUUAACAUAGAGAACGCUCUCAGUGAGGGCGCAGUGAAGAACACGCCGCUGUUCCUGCGCUAUCUGACGGACCAGAUGCGCGAGCGAGUGGCCGGCAGCCUGGUCGUGUGGUACGACAGUGUGAUCAAUAACGGACACCUGCAAUGGCAGAAUGAGCUCAACCAGUCCAACAGGAUGUUUUUCGAUGCUUGCGAUGGUAUCUUCACCAACUACAACUGGACGGAGCAGAACCUGGAGUGGAUGAGCAACUACGGCGCGGUCCAAGGACGCCAGGCCGACAUCUACAUCGGGGUGGACGUGUUCGCCCGAGGCAAGGUGGUGGGAGGAAAGUUGGAAACAAAUAAGGCACUGGAAGUCAUUCGGAAGCACAACUUCUCUGCCGCCAUCUUUGCUCCGGGCUGGGUGUACGAGACCCACGAUGAUAAGACCGAAUUCCGCAAGAAUCAGGACAAGUUCUGGGCUCUUCUGUCGGACUACCUGUACGUCCAUCGGCCAGCGGCCCCUCUCCCCUUCGUCUCCUCCUUCUGCCAGGGCUUUGGGAAGGCUUCCUAUUGGAGAGGACAGCGGCUGCCCCGAGGACGCCUGGAACGGAGGCUGCUCGCUGCUCCUGGAAGGACUCAUUCCUGCCGCGCACACAUCUCCAGUUAGUGCCAAGGUCUUCUCCCUCAAUGUAACGCUGGCAUCCAGGACUCUGUUGGCCUUCAUCUACAAGCAGUCUGCUGGGAUCACAGUGUCCAUGGAGCUGAAGACGACACGCGCGCGCACACACGUGGACGACCAGGAUGUCCAACUUACCAGUGUGCUUCCUGAUAUCCUGGAUGAGGGGGAACAGUUGGUGAGCCAGUUCUCUCAGCUGUGCGGGAACUUGAAUCAAAAUGGUUGGACUGUCAGGUGUUUGCAGCUGGAGCUUUGUGACUGUGUUCUUAGAGAAGUUUAUUUCAACAUCCAGCGGGAUGGAGAGCCUCAGGACACACCUUUUAGCUGCAGGGUGGGAGAGAUCAUGCUCUUGGAUGCAGCCAGUCUGCAGGUCCCCCAGGAGCUGGUUCAGGGCUUGUGCAUUUAUGACGUGGUGUGGCUGCGUGGUGCCGGUACCUCACCGGAGUCCACCGACCCCUGCCUGCUUCUCAACGCCACUCUGCACUGGAAGUACCCGACCGAGCUCGUCCGCCACUUCAGGGUGUACUGGCAACGGCUGACAGGACCCCAUUCCCGAAUCCUCCCAGGUCCGCUGGUUCUGGUGGGCCGGGCGUAUUCUAAUCUUUUUAGAGUAACGGAGCUGGCAGUGCCGGAUGCACCCGGCCUGCUGGAGCUGGUGGUGGAGCCGGUGAUCAGGAAGGGCUUCCCCGUGCCGGAGAGCCACUGGGGUAGAAGACGACUCCGCUACACAGUGACUUAACUGUUAUCAGGCUGCUUCUCCUUAACUGUUUAAUAAAUAGCGCUGCAGUCAAGGCUCACAACUAUCCCAAUUUGGAGUUAAUAGCGUACAAUUUAAUUUUCUCAAAAUAUGUAAAAAGAUUGACUACCCCCCCAUGGUCUGGUACUUCUAUAUCUGAAUGUUCAGAAGUGGGGCUAUUGACCAAACAGCAUUAUGAACAUUACACUGCUCUGCUUGAAUGAUUCUGUCAAACAAAAGAUCCCAACUCAGUGUCCACUUACUUGUUUUUUCUCGAGCUUUUAACCAUAUGACACAGUUUUCAUUGGGGCUGUAGAUGAAAUCAUAACGGCUACAGGUAUGGUUCAAAUUCCAGAAAAAAUAGUAAGUAGGUCUUAAGGGAACAGUCAAUGUUUUGGGAAAAUAACCUUAUGUAAGUUCUUACCAAGAGUUAGAUGAGAAGAUUGAGACCACGCUCCAGUCAGUUAGCGUAGCUUAGCAUAAAUACUGGAAACGGGGGAAACAGCUAGUCUUGGUGUUGUUCAUACACUUCAGUUUUUGUACUGAUUCAACAAUUUAGAUGGAACAUGAUAAUUAGUGAGUUUUAGAGGUGCUGGGUGGCAGAUUUAGUUGCUGUUUCCAGUAUCUGUGCUAAGUUAAGCUACGCUAGCUAGCUUGAUAUUUACUGUACAGACACAAGGGAGGUGUCAAUCUUCUCAUCUGACUUUUGGUAAGAAAGCAAAUAAGAGUGUUUGCCAAAAAUGUUGAACUAUUCCUUUAAGUUGUGAUUGUUUUGUCAAAACUAUAAUUCCUGAGGAGUGAACUCUCACGCAUCACUACAUUUUUACGUGAAUGUUUAGCAAAGACCUCAGGUGACUUUUGACCUGAGGUCUUUGUGCCACCAAAGAUGACACUCCAUGUCAGGGAAUGAAAUGUUGUGACCCAAUGAUGAAAUAUUAGAUUAGAUUAAAUUAAUACCAGUGAUGAAGUUGUCAGAUGAAGUAUAACCGGGGGUCCCUGGUACGUUCAUGAGCAUGAGAUUUGCACAGUGGAAUCAUAUCAAAUGCACUCAUAUUACAUCUCAGGUCUCUCAACCAUGCAGUGGAGUCCUUCAGUUGAGGUAGUAAUGUGCUGUGUAAUCUCUUGUUGAAUGCAUUUUCCUUUUGAUUGGUUCAUUUGUGCUUGAGAGGCUGUAAUGUCAGCAAUGUAUCAGGAGUCAGAGGUGUACUCUGUUGGCUGAUCAUCUCUGAAGGCGGAGCAGAUUUAGAUUUUUGUAAAUCAGCAAUCACAUAUAUGAAGUACAAACAUGUGAUUAACAAUAUUUACUGUACCAAAUAUACAAAUAUAUCUCAUUCUAAUCAAUAUACUACUAUAUUUGGUUUAUGCAAUAUUAACAUUUUUUAUCCAGAUUUUUAAAAGCUUUAUAAACUGUAUGUUAGCAAUAUGUAUGGAACACCAAAAACAACAUUUCAGUCAUAUUUCUACAGUGUUUUACGAGUGCACAUUUUGGUGUUCAUUGGUUUGAGAGGGACAUUCAAAAAUCAAACUGAAGGAUCAUUCUCAAGCUGUACAAUGAACUGUAACAGUUGUAAAUGUAUUUCUCCUGUCAUUCUAUACCCAGAUAGUUUUCAUAAGUCUGGAUCCAGUUCACACGGUCAACUUGGUGUUAACACUAAUUCAUUUAGAUUCAGUUGUUUUACCUCUGAUAUGAAGAGUCUGUCUGGUCAGUGUGAAAAAGCAUGUUUUUAAUGGUGGUAAAAAACAACUACAAUACCAAAUUAAAGAUAUUAGUCUGUACAUUGACCUCAUAAUCUGUUUUAUUUCAGUGUGCUGGAACUCAACAAACAUGUUUCUGUUUAAAUACUCGCUGAUGGCACUGUUGGUAAAGUGUACACAAAGUGCAAUA